AUGUGUGACCGCGCCCCAAGCGCCGCAUUGAGGGUUGGUUCCCCGCGUCUGGCGCCCGCGUCGCCGCUGCGAGGUCUCCUCGCCUCCCUCCGCCUGCGGCCCGCCCCCAAGCCCCCCCCCGCCAACUGGCGCUCGCCUCCCCCCCGGCGCACCACCCCGGCCCGUCACCCCUGGCAAGCCCCGCCAGGGGUCGACCGAGGCGCACCGCCGGCCGCGCGUCCGGGCCUAGAGGGUGCGACACCGCGGGACCUUCUGCCUGGCCCGCACUGUCACACCGCUGUCCCGCGAGAGCGCCCUCACCCACAGCACCACAGCCUGCGAUGGCCAGAUCCCGCUAGCCCGGACCGCCUAGCCCGGUUUGCCUCCUCUACAUAUCCACCGGCCCCAACUGGGUGA